AUGAACAGACUUCAAACCACUCCCAAGGAUACUAUCCCUCUAGGAAAAACCCCUCGGCGGCAGCGUUCUUCUCGCUUCAAUGUCCACGAACAAGUUGAACUAGAGAAAUACCCUCACUUUAAUGAGGUCCCACCUACACAGAGACAUGAAUUGUUUAUUCGAAAAUUAGCUCAGUGCCAAGUGUUAUUUGACUUUAAUGAUGCAUCUUCAGACCUAAAGGGUAAAGAAAUUAAACGACAGGCAUUACAGGAAAUGCUGGAAUACGUCGCAACUACAAGAAACGCAAUUGUAGAUCAAAUUUACCCUGAUGCUAUUCGUAUGUUUUCUGUAAAUCUGUUUAGAACCAUCUCUCCUCAGGCAGCUGUUGGCGGUGUGGCUUAUGAUCCUGAAGAAGAUGAACCCGUAUUUGAGACAGCAUGGCCUCAUCUACAACUUGUGUAUGAGUUCUUUUUACGCUUUGUAGAAUCACCCGACUUUAAUAUACAUGUGGCCAAAAAGCACAUUGAUCAGAAAUUCAUUCUUCAGUUACUUGAAUUGUUCGACAGUGAAGAUCCCCGUGAGCGCGAUUUUCUAAAGACAACCUUGCAUCGGCUUUAUGGAAAAUUUCUUAAUCUCAGAGCAUUUAUUCGACGAUCUAUCAACAAUAUUUUUUUUCAGUUUGUAUACGAAACAGAACAGUUCAAUGGCAUUGCUGAAUUACUAGAAAUUUUGGGAAGUAUUAUCAAUGGAUUUGCACUUCCUUUAAAAGAAGAACACAAGACAUUUUUGAAGAGAGUCCUUAUUCCUCUUCAUAAACCUUCUUCUCUGGGAAUGUACCACCCCCAGCUGGCAUAUUGCGUAGUACAGUUUUUAGAAAAGGAUCCAACGCUCACUCCAGAAGUCGUUUACAGUCUAUUACGUUAUUGGCCUAAGGUUAACAGUGCAAAGGAAGGAAUGUACCUUAAUGAAAUGGAGGAAGUUUUGGAUGUGACAGAGGGAGUAGAGUUUACAAAAUUUGCUGUCCCCCUCUUCCAGAGAUUAGCCCUUUGUGUCUCCAGUCCUCAUUUUCAGGUUGCAGAGCGGGCUCUGUACUACUGGAAUAACGAAUAUAUAGUGAACUUGAUUAAUGACAAUAUCGAAACAAUUAUGCCAAUUAUGUUCCCUCCUCUUUAUAAGAACUCAAAAUCUCAUUGGAACAGAACAAUUCAUGGUCAAGUAUACAAUGCUCUAAAGAUGUUCAUGGAUUCCGACCCAAUAUUGUUUGAUCAGUGUACACAAGUUUUCAAAGAAGAAGAGAAAAGGUAA